CGAGCAAAAUAUGAGAUUGCUGUUGUUCUGCUUUUUCAGAGUGUGUCCGUAGGUGAAUAAUUAGCAACACCGUGUCAUCAUGACGGUCAGAUAGAGGCCAAACGUAGAUUUUGUCAGGAUAUCUCGCAGGAUGGAUAAAUCAUUAACUUCCGCUACUUAUAUUCGUAACAUCAGUUAUCGUCUGCGUCGCCAGUUGUCGGAUUUUUUAGAUCCUCAGGACACCUGGAAAGAGGUCAUAGUGUCCAUACGGAAAAGGAAUGGAGAGCCCAGGUACUCUCAACACCAUGUCAGGAGGUUUGAGGGUCUCGUCGCACAGGGCCGGAGUCCCACGGUGGAGCUGCUCAAUGACUGGGGCACCAGCAACAGCACAGUGGGCGAACUUGUGGACAUUUUGAAGAGUAACAAGUUGCUGGCUGCUGCUGAUCUUCUGCUGCCUAACACCACAGUGGAGGAGGUCACGUCACCAGAAACGCUGCAGAUCUCCUCAGCAGAAACACACAGCGCCCUUCCGACCAGACUGCUGGAGGAGAGAGAGCUGCCGCCGCCACCACCGCCGCCACCUGUCAGCUGUAAUCUGCAGCCUCAGAUACCGCAGGAGGACACUGAACCAGGACACACAGGUGAGUUAGAGUUGACCAGUUUCUUGUACAGCGAGCUGAAGAGGAUCACCGGAGACUUCGAUGACCGCUCCACGUCGAACGGUGGCAGCCGACUGGGAGAGGGAGGCUUUGGGACGGUGUACAAGGGUUUCCUGGACAACAGACCCGUCGCAGUGAAGAAACUCAAUCCAAUGGAUGACAUGCCGAUGGACACGCUGCAAGUUCAGUUCUACCAAGAGAUCCAGACUCUCACAGUGUUGAAACACGAGAACUUGGUUGACAUGGUGGGAUUUUCCACUGAUGAACAGCAACUGUGUUUAGUGUACGCCUUCAUGGCCAACGGCUCUGUGUUGGACCGACUCGCUUGUUUGGAAGGAAGUCCUCCGCUGUCCUGGCAACAGAGAUGCUUGAUAGCAGAAGGGGCAGCGAGAGGUUUGGAGUAUCUGCACUGCAACCAUCACAUCCACAGAGAUGUUAAAAGUGCAAACAUCCUGUUAGAUGAAAACCUCGUGGCAAAAAUCUCAGACUUCGGGCUUACGAGAGCAUCGGCCAAUCAGACGUCAACAACUAUGAUGACGGAAAGGGUUGUGGGUACUUGUGCUUACAUGGCACCUGAGGCACUAAGAGGAGAGAUCACACCAAAAUCUGACGUCUUCAGCUUCGGAGUGGUGUUGUUAGAAAUAUUGUCUGGACUGCCGCCAUCUGAUGAAAACCGGGAGCCACAGUUCUUGAUGGAUGUCAGGUAUGACAUAGAUGAUGAAGAUGAAGCGCUGACUCUGGAGGACUUUAUGGACAAAAAGAUGAGAGGCUGGCACCUGAGCCACGCGACGAAUAUCUACUCUUUGGCCUGCAACUGCCUGCACGAUAGGAAAAACAGACGGCCAGUCAUGAAGCAGGUUCUUUCGGAGAUUCGUGGAGUUGUCAAAAGCGUUUCACUGGAGUCAGACGUGUGAGUGAAGCGGAGCGUCUCAGGGAUUUCUCAGCCUUCUUUAGCCACCGUGCAGACUGACAAAUGUAUUUCCUUCGCUGCAGUUUUUAUAUAAAUGAAUGUUUCUUGACGACUGUGGCGAACCAAGAAUUUUUUUUACAUCAGAAUCUUUAAUAAAAACUUCCAGUUUACUGUAUUUUUGAAAAGAGAGACGUAGCUUAGUUUUGUAAUUGUUACAAAAAUACUGCAGUACGCUGCAGAUUGUGACUUUGUUCUGUCAGAUUUGAUGGUUUAUAUGCUGACAACUGUUGUUUUAUUUAUUGUGAUGACGGCUGAAGGAAUAAAAUGAAAGCAUGUGAUUUAAA